AGCGUUUUUAUGUUAUUUGCCGAAAAAAUUAUUAUAAAACUAGAACUAACAGAUUUUAGAAAUUUUAUUAGAACUAAAAUCCAAAUAUAAAAUAGACCGAGUUGGGUCGUGGGUGACCAGUGAGUUGUCUGGACUCCUGACUCCUGACCGAGUGGGAGUAGUGUAUCUCAUCAUCCAAGAUUCCAAUCUCUCUCCGCUCUCUUCUGGAUCAAGAAAAAUGGAUCAUAUGAUAACCUAAUUUUAGAACGUUUUGGGGGAAAAUACGUGAAGAGUCGUCCAUCUUUUUCUCAAUUUCAUUGCAAAGUUAUGAAAUUGACAACCAUAGAUCUGAAAAUCCGAACUCAACGAUAUGAAAUUUCUGAACUUCAAAGCCCUAACGCUCGCAUUCGCAUUCGCAUUCAAUCGAUCUAUUCAAAUGUCGAUUUGUGUUGAUUGAUUAGUGAUCUUUAUCAUCAGAUCGACGAAACUUCACAAUCUCACAUUAAAAACAACAAUGUCGUCGAAUUCGGACCACCAGACCCAUCAUGACCGUUCAUUUGUUUCUAAUCAGCAACAUCAAUCUACGGCUGUGAUUGUUCCACCGCCGUGCUCUCAUUUGGCGGAGUUCAAGGCUGAUCGAGGGGCGGCGGCGUUUGGCAAGUUACUGGAUUGCAUUCAAGUGAGGCCGCUGGGACGCGCCUCUGUGAGGAGACAAGCUAAUGAGGUCUUCCAGUGCGGCGCGUGUGGAAAAUUGUCACUGCGGCUAUACGCAUGCGUGUCGUGUCCUUCUGUUGUUUGUGACAUACACGCGCCGGAUCACGAGCACGAGAUCGCCAUCGACGUGGAUCGAGCGGAGCUGUUCUGUGGUUCGUGCGGGGACCAGGUAUACGAUCGCGAUUUCGAUUCAGCAAUCGUCUUGUCGCAGACGGCGGCAGCGACACUAGGUGGAUGUAACUCACUUUGCGCACCGCCACCGGAGAAUCUAAGAAAGCGGCGGCGCGUGGAUUAUCGUCCUUGGACCCCUGAUUCAAGAGAACGUGCUUUGUUAGGGAGCAACUCAACCUUGUUGCCGGGAAACGACGAAGAUACAUCUUCGAAUUCGAUCUUUCCUGUGGGAUUAAAAGGGCUAAACAAUCUUGGAAACACUUGUUUUAUGAACUCUGUAUUGCAGGCGUUGUUGCACACACCUCCACUGCGGAAUUAUUUCCUGAGCGAUCGACACAACCGGUUCGUUUGUCAGCAGAAGAAUGGAGCUCACGAACGAAAGAAUAAAAAUCCACAGAGGCUGUGUUUAGCCUGUGAUACAGAUGCGUUGUUUUCUGCUGUGUUUUCUGGUGAUCGGAAACCCUAUAGCCCUGCAAAGUUCUUAUACAGUUGGUGGCAGCACGCAGGAAACCUGGCAAAUUAUGAAAUGCAGGAUGCUCAUGAGUUCUUCAUUUCCAUGCUUGAUGGGAUCCAUGAAAAGGUGGAGAAAGAUGAGAAGAAGCCUCAUAGUCAAGAUUAG